AUGUUUUUCAUAGUUUUUCGGCACUCGCUAAACGAACUAAGUUCGGCCGAUAUACUUUUAAAUCACAAUGCACAGGAUAAAGGUGCCAAAGCCAAUGAUAGAUUUGAAGCUAAAACGACAGAAAAUCCAAAUCAAGAUUCGUUUACUCAAAUUAACCAUCUAAUGAUACAAUAUGAAUCAGAUUAUAUGCAAAACUCAACAGAACCUACCAAAGAUUCGAGUCCAACUCCGGAAUAUUUGCCAACUUCAAACGAAAUUUCCUCUUCAGUAGCAUAUCAAGCAUAUAUUUACACAGCUUUGGCUAUGUGCUGCAUCAUUUUUCUCUCAUACUUUAUUUAUCGUUUCUUUUGCUUGCAUAAAACUUCUAAGAGAAAUGAAGACACAGAAGAUAUAGAAGAUCAUAUGUUAGAUGGUGAAGAACACGAAGUAAUAGUUGAUAAUAUUUAA